AUGUCAUUCGCUUCAGCCUUCUUUCCCCCCGGUGUAACACUGGACAACCUCUUCGGCGCGGCUUUCAUUGGCUUCGCGCUGUCCUGUCUCGCGCUGGGCAUCUGCACCAACCAGGCGGUGACAUACUUUUCGCGCUACCCGGGCGACCGACCCGCGUACAAGCUGCUCGUGGUUCUGGUGUGGGUCCUCGCGGUGAUAGACCAAGCAUUUAUAGGACACGCAGUAUAUUUUUACACAAUUACCAACUACGCUAAUCCCCUCAUCCUUAUGGACCACGUCGCCUGGACACUGAUCGUUCAACUUACUGUCGGGGCUGUCGUUGGAACGAUAGUGCGCUUGUGCUUUGCUAUGCGAGUCUGGCGCUUCAGCCAGCGAAACAUCCCUGUCACAGCCAUGCUCAUCCUGUUGACGAUCGCCGAGAUGGCGCUUGCUAUCGUCUAUACCGUCAAAGUGUUCCAGAAUCCAUUCCUCACGGUGCUUCCGAAGCUCAAGCUCACCGCGUCCCUCGCCCUGGGCUUCGCGGCAUUUACGGACGUCGUGAUUGCAUGCUCCCUCGCGUUCUUCCUGCGCAAGUAUCGAACCGGGUCCAAGCGUGCAGACACUUUGGUUAAGAGUCUGACUGUUUACGCCGUUAACACCGGCGCAAUCACGGCCGCGGUUAGUAUCUGUACUCUGGUUUUUUAUGAUCUGUACCCUACAACCUUCAAGUUCCUAGCCUUUUAUUUCAUACUGUGUAAAGUAUACGCGAUCUCGUUCUUUUGUACACUCAACACGCGACGAAUCAUUCGCGGCAAAGGCACUGAGCGCUCAGAUGGGCGCUCGGACGGGCACACCGGACCGAGCGGUGCGACUGCAGGCCGGGCGCCAAUCAGCACCGGCCCGCGCUCGCGCUUCAGCAUGACCGGUCUGGGCCAGUCGAUGGUGACCGGUGGGAACGGGUCGGUCAACGCCUAUGGCCCGGGCUUCGGGCUCGGGCGAAGCAAGUCGGGCUCGGGCACAACCGGCCAUAACCUGGAGAUCGGCGUGCACCAGGAGGUGUCCGUGUCCUCGGAUGUUGACGAGAUUGACUUCCGGGAGACGAAGGACGACAUGGAGCUGUCGCCCACGCUCACGUCCCCGACAUAUGCCUACGGGUCGCGCGUCGGGCAGGCGCGGCAGGAGCUUACGGGUCCCGGGGCAUACGCUUAUUCGAGAGAUGAGGAGGCGGCCUAUGGCGGGCGCGAACGCGCCUUUGCGUAUGGGAGGUGA